AUGGGUGUGGAACAUACCGUCCGCGUCACUGCCGCUCAGGCCUUUGCCUUUACUCUUUCUGUCCUCCAGCAAUAUGGCGUUCCCAAGGAACGUGCCGUGAUGAUCGCCGAUGGGUUGGUCCUUGCGGACCUUCGAGGAGUCGACACUCACGGCAUCAAUCGUUUGGGCGGAUACAUCCAUCGUAUCCACCACAAGGUCCUCGAUCCGAAUCCAGAUCUCACCUUUGUCAUGAAAAGCCCCGUCAUGGCGAGCCUGGAUGCGCGGAAUACAUUCGGCUUUGUGGCCGGCUGUAUGGCGAUUGACAAGGGUGUUGAGAUCGCUAGCAAUUUCGGGCUCGCCAUAAUUGCCGUGAAGAACAGCAAUCACUACGGAAUGGGGGCCACCUACGUCUUGCGCGCAAUCCGACAAGGAUAUGCUGCUUUAGCGUUCACCAAUGCUUCCCGGGCUAUGCCUCCAUGGGGAGCUAAAGAGUCAUUGCUGGGAACAAGUCCAUUGGCCGUCGGCAUCCCCGGUGGCGCCGAGGGGGAUUUUGUCCUGGACAUGAGUCCCACGGUUGCAGCGAGGGGCAAAAUACGAAAAGCGGCACGAAGAGGAGAAUCAAUCCCGGAAGGAUACGCUCUCGAUGAAGAUGGACGGCCCACCACCAAUGCGGAGGCAGCCCUCAAGGGGGUCAUGCUGCCCAUCGGCGGCCCCAAAGGAUCGGGAUUGGCGAUGAUGAUGGACAUCUUCGGGGGGUUACUGACCGGUUCCUCCUUUGCUGGUGGGGUCCAUGACCAGUACAAGAAUGUCAAUGAUCCGCAGGGUGUCGGUCACUGGUUCAUGGUUUUCAGGCCGGAGAUGUUUCUGGACUCUCAGAAGGAGCUGUCUGACCGCAUGGAUAUUCUGCUUGAUAGGGUGAGAUCGUGCGAUAAGGCAAUGGGAGUGGAUAGGAUCUUCACCCCUGGUGAGAAGGGUAGUGAUACAGAGAUCCGCAGGCGCCAGGAAGGGAUCCCCUUUACCAUUGCUGAGGUGGAUGGCUUGAACGAGUUGGCUCGCAAGAGUGGAAGCGAUGUAACACUGAUCAGCGCUCCCUGA